ACUAAUAAAAAAAGCGGCAAAAUUUUUUUAUUUCAUUUUCAGUUGAUUUCGUUUUUUGGACUCAAAUUAAUAUAGUUUAAUGAAAGUUUAAAGAAGACUUGUGAAAAAAUGACUCCCCAAGAGAAAAGUACACAUGACGAAUCUGUUGAUGAUGAUGCCGAAAUUAUGGCUCUAGAAAAAAUUCUGGCCGAAGCUGAAGAAGAGGAGAAAAAAGCUGAACAGAAAAAUUUAUUGCCUGCAAAAGCCGUAGAGAAACAACGACCUCAAUUAAAAGAAGACAGUACUUUUGCGGAAGCCUUUGGCUAUGAAGUGGACAACAAACUUGAGAAGCAAAUAGAAAAACAGGUAGCUAGUAAAACGGUGGAAUUAGAUUCAUCCGAUGAUGAAGAAAUAAAGAAUUUCUUAGAACGUAAGUACAAUGAGUAUGGCUGUGAUAUAAACAAAAAACUGAAAGAACAAAAGCAAGCAGCAAAAGAGUCAAAAGCUGACUAUGAAAUCGACAAGUUUCUGAAGGAAGAUAAAAGUAAUAAUAAUGCCGCUGAAGGGGGAAAAUCUUUGUCAAUGCAUAUUAAAAAUCCACAUCAUCCUACUAAGCGACAAUCUCUUAUAAGUGACUCUUUUAAGAAAAUGCCGGAAACAAAGGCGGCUGGAAAUGUUAGUGAAAAUAAAGACAGGCGGUCUUUGCCCACUAACGGAGCUAGUAGUUCUGUAUACACUGAUCCAGUCUUCGGUUUGCGUAUCAUAAAUCCUUUAAUUUCUAGUACUUUGCUUAUAGAACGUAUGAGUGGACGUAAAUCUGUGGCAUUCUCUGCAAUAGCAUUUCAUACCGAAAGAGGAGAUCUUUCUAAGGAUUGGGUUAUUGCCGGAGUUCUUGUGCAUAAAAGUCCCGUGCAGAUGAGCAAGAAAGAUCAACCAUAUUCUAUUUGGCGUUUGUCCGAUUUGAGAGGUGAAAUCAAGACUGUGUCAUUGUUUCUCUUUAAGGGCGCACAUAAAGAACUAUGGAAAACAGCGCAGGGCAUGUGUAUAGCAGUAUUAAAUCCCACCAUAUUUGAAAAACGAGCUGAAAGUAAAGAUGUUGCUUGCCUUUCAAUAGACACAGCCCAGAAAGUGAUGGUAUUGGGCCAGUCUAAAGAUAUGGGUAACUGCAAAGCCACUAAACGCAAUGGAGAAAUUUGUAACGCCAUAAUCAAUCUUAGUGAAUGUGAUUGCUGUAUAUUUCACAUGAAACAAGAGUUUGGUAAAAUGUCUAAACGUUCCGAAUUGCAAUCAGCUAAUGCUGGUAGAGGGUUAAAUGAUUUGCGCAAUAAGGUACUCGGUAAAAGUGAAGUUUUUUAUGGUGGCCAAUCCUUUUCGGCAGUGCCGGCAAGAAAAAGUGCAAAAUUAACACAAAAAGACAAUUCAAGAAUAAGUUCUCUAUCAGAGUAUGCUGUAUCACCCUUUGCUGGCAGUGUUAAUCAUGCCUCUAAGCCAAGAGCACUACAAGCUUCUACAGUUCCUUAUGCAUCGCGAGAAGGCCCAGUCUCUAAAAUAGCAGGCAAUGUUGAAGCUUCAGCCAAGCAGCGUAUGAAGGACUUGGAAAGAUUAAAGAUUCUGCAGGCAGAAUCUGAAAAACAUUCUACAAGUUUGGACGGAAAAAACUCACCGACACCCACCACACCACAGGCUCAAAAAACAAGAGAAUCUAUAUUUGCCAGCUCGCAAACUUCUACCCCUUGUUCAAAUUCAAAAUUAGCAGCGCCUUCCAUUUCAACGCCAACGAUUUCAGCGAUACCAGACAAAUUUAAAAAUCGUGAGUUUUCCUUUGCCGGCACCUCAAAAUCACCACAAUUGUCCAAAGAUAAUUUCUGCAUAGAAGUUAAUGUUGGCGAUAGAAGAGCUCAGCUAGCGAAAAUGAAGGCAUUAGAAGUUCUUAAGAAAAAACCCAUAGAAAAGGUCAAUCCCAAUUCCACAAGAGGAACACGAGAUGGUAAACGUCGUGCCAUAGAUGACCUCAAUGAACAGUUUAUGUCACAUGAAUCUAAGAAACAAAAACUCGAAGAAGAACAUAAAGAACAGGAGCGUAAAACACGUAUACAAAGGAUUAUGGAUGCCACUUCAUCGCACACAAACCUAGUGGAUAUGCGUGAGCGUGAGGAACAGGAUAAAUACUUUAGUAAAUUGGAAAAGAAGGAGGCGUUGGAGGAGAAAAUGUUAAAUACCUAUAAAAUGCCCUGCAAAGCGGUCAUUUGCAAAAUCUGCAAAUAUACUGCAUUAUCUGCCUCGGAACGUUGUAAAGCUGAAGGUCAUCCUUUAAAGGUGGUCGAUGCAGAGAAACGUUUCUUCCAAUGCAAAGACUGCGGUAAUCGUACGGUGUCAGUCUUUAAAUUACCCAAAGUAAGUUGCAAAAACUGUCAGGGUUCACGUUGGGAACGUUGCGGUAUGAUACGCGAACGCAAGGUGUGCGAUGGCAGUGAGGCCUUAUCUCUACGUGGUGACGAAGAAAUGUUUAUUGGUUCUGUAUCGGGUAAAGCUAAUUUAAAUUUAGCUGUUCCUGAUGAUUAAGAGGCCAAGAUUUUUUUGGCGCCAUUCUGAUCAAAUAUUCGAGUUUUUAAGAUUGUAUUAAUAAAUUCUUUUACUUGUAAUGUGGUAUUUUUUACUUUUUAUAUAUUAUGAAUUUUAUGUUUCGAUUCUUUUUCAUUUUCAUAUGGAACAAAUAAAUACACAUUUAG